AUGGUCGAACUAGCACAAACAGGACACCAGCCUGGCGUGUCUCCCUCUCGACGUCGUUGUGGCCCUGUAGGCCUGCUCGCCGACAAGGCCCUCAAAAUCUGGCCCUUCCGCUCGUUGCUGCGGCUCGAGGGCUGGACGUCGGCGGCGCACCGGCGCGUUGUCAUACUCGGCGGCGCCGCACACGCGAUCCCGCCGACCACGGGCCAGGGCGCGGCACAGGCGUUCGAGGACGUGUUUUCCCUGGCGCUGCUGGUGGCGAGGUUGCAGGAGCACGGCGAGAAGCUGCGGUGGGAGGACGCGCUGGCGUUCUGA